CUUUCUCUCGCCCGUCUGAAGAUUUAACACAGCGCAGAGCGAAGCUGGCGGCCACAGUCGUGCCCUGGAUUGUAACAGAGAAAGAGAGCAAGCCCUCCUGCAGCCUGCAAGCCCACCACCAUGGACGUCAAACUGAUGGCACUGCUGGCUCUGCUGGCCGUGGCCACACAUGUUCCGACCUCCAACGCAAAGCCCAUCAGUCUGGUUGAGCGCUGCUGGUGUCGAUCCACUCUCAACACGGUUCCCCAGCGCUCCAUCAAAGAGCUCAAGUUUCUCCACACGCCCAACUGCCCCUUCCAAGUCAUUGCAAAGCUGAAGAGCAACAGGGAAGUUUGCAUCAACCCUGAGACCAAAUGGCUGCAGCAGUACUUAAAGAAUGCCAUUAACAAGGUGAAGAAAUCUAGAAGACGCGCUAACAAGAUCAACUAAAAGACGAGGGGAGUCCUGUAUGUCAUCCAGCCUGGUAUUCCCAGGUUGAACCUCUGUACCUCCCUGUCACUGCUAUGGAUGUAUGCACACAUGCUGUAUGUACCGGUCCAACUCUCUGGACAGCUUGCAGAAGCUGCACUCCAUCCCCAGCACCAUCCACCGAUCCCUCGGGA